AUGGUUGAAGGGUUGGUGUCGACAAUUAGAGAAGAGUUGGCUUCUUUACAGUUGAGGUUAACAGAUGAGAGUGAGAAGGAAGAUGUGGUAGAAGCAGUAAGUAGCGAAGAUGAUGAAAAGAACUCAAGUGAAGAUGAAGAAACUGGUAGAGAUGGUAAAGGAAGCUCAAAAGAUUCAAUAGAUGAGGAAGAACAGAGUAAACUAGAAAAAGAUUAUAAGAAAGAGGAAAAAAGUGGUUCGCUUGAAGAAGAAAGUAAAUCUAAACAUGAAGAGAAUGGAGAAGGGAGUGAACUAGAAAAAGAUGAUAAAGAAAAGGAGAAAAGUACUCUGCCUGAAGAAGAGAGCCAAUCUCAACAUAAAGAGAAAGGAGAAGGGAGCGACUCUGAAUUAGAGGAUGAUGGAGAAAAAGAAACUGAAGACAAGUCUAGUGAUGUAGUAGCAAAAGAGGAUAAGGGGGAAGACAAUGAUGAGGAGGGAAAGGAUGAAAUGAACAAGGAAGCACAAUAG